CGAGAGGGCACAUUGACUACUUAUAUGCAGUCAUUGUCGGACAAUGCAGCAAUGCAGGUAAUCAGACGAAAGCCAGGGUGGUGGACUUGACUACAUUGACUUGCCUGCUUCAGGGGACGCUCCGCAUGUAUACGAGCAUGCUGUGGCGCUGCUAGCCACCGAAUGUCUGGUGCCACAACCGGAGUGUGGGAACUCGGUGGCGGGGGUGGUUUGAGCCGUUCCUGGAUUGCGAAGAGCAACUUACUCAUGGGCAAGGGGUGAAUGCUAGACUGCGAUAGCGACUCCAAGAUGUGGGUUGCAGUUUGGGGAAGCGGGGUCGGACUCCACCAACUUUGGACGUCCUUCUAACGCGUUACAGUCCAUUGUUCGUGUCUCGAAUUGCCGUGACCAUCGCCAACAGAGGCCUAAAGAGUCGAUGACUUCACUGAAUAUCAUGGGCGGCAACAAACACAUCACGACAGCCUGUACAAACUGCAGGCGACGCAAGAUCAAGUGCGAUGGGAAAGACACUUGCUCGAACUGUUCGAUGUCGAGGCUUGGCUGCGUUUACAACGCCGAGGCCGAUAUGAGAAGGGCAUCCACAAAGAAGGCCACAAACGGAUUACGAGCCCGUCUUGCGCAGCUCGAGCAGCUUCUCCGGGAAAAGAACAUCGAGGUGCCUCCUCCGUCCCCAGAAAAUCCAGAGCAGCGUCCGCAAGUCGAUGUUCCGAGAUCAUCGGUGUCGGAACAAGAAUCAAGAAGUACCAUGUUGGACAAUCGGGAUUCUGCAGACGGGCGUGACCGAUAUAAUGUGCGUGGAGAUGCCAUUGCAGAUGACAACUCCGGCAGGGAAGGCACCAACAUGUACGGCCACCUGAACCCUUCAGAAACCACUGGGCCUUACUACUCAGAGUUUGGCUCUUUUGCCCCCAGCUGCAGCAAUGUGGAGCAUAAUGACCAAGCGUUUAUGCUUCCACAGAUGCCCAGUCCUCUAAGUCCACCAUUUGCAACGUCAACGCCCGGAUCCGAGAGCCGAACGAACGACGUCCAAUCUGAAGGUGACAUCACCGAUUUUCUAUCAGCUCGCAUGGGCUCGCUUCAGAUUGCGGAAGACGGGCAGCUGCGGUAUUACGGACCGACGUCGAACUUGCACGUUCAUCACAGUGGUUUCCAGUCCCUAUCGCGGUCGAAGAUCCGCCACGUGGCCAGCGAAGGCAGCGAUAUUCUGAGGCGCUUAGGCCUUGACCGAGAAGUGCCAUUUUCUCUAGAGAUGCACCUCGCAAGACUGUACUUCGCCUGGGAAGACCCGGCAAUCCACGUUGUCGAUGAGAAAACCUUUUUUGCAGAGAAGAGGAGGUGGCUUUCUGGGGAUAAAAGCAGUCCUUACUACUCAGAAACCCUCAACAACGCCAUAUGUGCAAUCGGGGCGAAUCUGGCUGCUGGUGAGUGCCUUGACGUGCCGGAACCCGCUCCCGAGUUCUUUUCGUCACGAGCCAAGGCCCUCCUCGACAUCGAGAUGGACAGCCCUAACGUCGCCACGGUCCAGGCCCUCGUCGUCAUGAGUGCUUCAGAAGCCGCAUUCACACGUGACGCUCGAGGCUGGCUAUACAGCGGAAUGGCAGCAAGACUCAGUACAGAUCUCGGACUUCAUCUGGACGUCACCAAGCAUAAUCAUCGCGGCCUUCUCAGCCAGCACGACCUAGAUAUCAGACGUACCACCUUCUGGGGUGUCUUCAUUCACGAUAACAUGUGGAGCCUCUAUGUUGGCCGGCCGGGGGGCAUUGGCAUUCCGGACAUCACGGUGCCGCGUCCACCGAGUCACCUUGACGAGCCUGGGAAGACAAUGUGGAAGCCGUAUCCCAUGCCCAGCGGUCAGUCGGGGAUUCCGGACGAGGGCAUCUUCUUUCCACUCGAAACUUGCACCGAUGCUAACAUUACGCUCUGCGAAUUCAUGCGACACAUCAACAUGACGCUGUACUCUGGUCGCAUGGUGAGCAUCGAAGCCCUGGUUCGCUUUCUCAUCAAGACCAAAAAAGAGCUGCUGGCCUGGCUAGAGAACUUACCACCAGCCUUACGGUUAGCUGAUGCGUCAGGCAUGGAAAGGCCGCACGCUCCUGUAGUUCUUCAACUCCACAUGCAGUUCUACGCAACGCUCAUCUCACUAUACCGCCCGUACUUGUCCAGCAACCUAGUUGCGUCCGGCGAGACGCUCAGCUCAGCCGAAGACCGGGCUGCGAUUCGUCAAGCCGCUAGCGGAUGCGUCUCGGCGGCACAUCAGAUGGCCGAGACGCUGCGCUGCUAUCGGAGACAGCACUCUCUCCGACAAAGUAACAUACAGAUGGUGCACAUCAUCUUCACCGCAUCCUUGGUCUACAUCUACGACGUCUGUACUCGGACCAGUCUCGAGUCCCAAUCCUCCCUCAACGAUCUACAGCUCUGCUGCCACUCCCUGGGCGAGAUUGGCCAGUGUUAUGGCAACGCAACGAGGGCCUUGGAAGUAAUCAUCCUCGUCAAGAGCGAGUGGCAAAGACUGUCUACAGCGCGGCCGGCCCGCAGCGCCAGCGGGAAGAGAACCAGCGUAAGCAUGACUGCCGACAGUCGCCACAGCCUCAACGAUGGUGAGGAUGACCGGCACAAACGACGCAAUCGCUCGUUGAACCUGGGCCACAUAGGCAUGGACUCGCUGGAACUACCAAUGUUUCUCAUGCCUCCCUCGUCUAGCACCAUUGAAAUGCUGCGGAACGAUCACAUGGGGCAGCCACAGCCAAUCAUCAAUACGGUCGUCCCAGGGGCAGGCAUCGGAGACAACAAUAACGCUGUUUACGAUGCAUGGCAAUGGCUAGACCGGGCCGACCUGGGCAUGGGCAAUCUACACGCACCGAUGUAGCCGUUUUCCGAUAUAACGUCGCAGAAUAUGACGACAAACACUGGAAACCCGACGACUAUAGAUACGCAUGGGGGAGGAACAGCCGGAUGAACGACCAUGUCAGCAUCACUACUGAUUCAUCAAUGUUCCCGAUAUGUAUGUUGUACUUAACAUACUAUUCGUGAUACCCCACCAUGCACCCAACCCGUCUCUACAAAUCGUGCCGCGACGGAGGAAAAAGUGCGGGGAGGGGUGGACAUGGGUGAUGGCGAAAGGAACUUAGUCAUGGCAUCGUUUGCAGGGUUACUGCCUAUACUUCCUUGGCAGAAGUCAUGGGUUCUGACACCACAUAGUUUGCAAUUAUCGGCACCCCAGGGCGUCUAGC